UAAUUACCGAGAUGUCUAACGUUGAACGUUAAACAGAAUAUAAACGAAAAUGAUUGUGCAAUCGAAUUUUUAUAAAGGAAAAAUCCAUUUUAAGUUGGCCAGAUAAUUGGAUGCAAAGACAGUUGAUAUGGCAGUUCGGCUCUUCGGCAGUUUGCAUAAUUCAAUGGUGCAUCCGGAGGGUUGCACUCGUGUCCUUGCCCCGCAAGUCACACGAGUCAUCGGGUUAGAUCCUUUGCGUGCUUUUUUAAACGACUCCGAGUUAGUCGGUCGUAUGGUAUGGCAUGCCUGUACGACGUUAUAUCGCAUACGUCUAUAUAUACUUGAAUGUGAGCGCACAUUGCGGCGCGCACGCGAGCACGACGCAUACAUUUGAAUGCGCUUAUCCCAAGGCCAGACUGCUCGCACUUACUGCUUACUGACAUACUGCACCAACGUAGCAAAGUUGCCUACACGCGCACGCGUCCUUCGUUAUAAACUUUUCAUUUUCUAACACCAGAUCAAAUUAUUGCACACUCCGCGUACAUCGAGCGCGAUCGGACAUGCGCGCGCUUCUCCUUUCAGCGCGUGUAGCGUACGCAUGUGUGUGUGUGUGUGUGUGUGUGUUACAUGGCAUCAGGAGCGUAUUUUCACGUGCUCUGUGGCUCCCUAAAAAAGAUCUUAAACCAGCCCUGACGUUUCUCUACGUGGGUGAUACGUGUCACGCGUGUAUACAUGUCCUAUAUCUAACGCACAUUUCAUUUAUGACGGAGAUUAAAACAUCGUGUGCAAAGCAUGAUAGGAUUGAGUGGAGCAGAUAAUUCUAACGCGAUAAUUGUUUAUAGUGUAUAGCAUAAUGCACAAUCGGAAGAAGUUUUACUAAGCGCGUUGAGCAUACCCAUGAGUAAUAAAGUAAGGAGACGUCCAUGACAAAGGUUAUGGGAUAACCAGUUUCAUCUCGCCGAAGUUUCUCAUUCGCGAAAACUAUGGGAAACUUUAUGGGUGACAUUGUGAUUUGUGUGCUGCUACUGCUUUCAGUCAGCAUUAUAUUUGGAACCAGUGAGAUUAUCAAAUCAUUUACGAAUAAUGGACAAGAAAUUCUGAAGACGUCUACAUAUAGUUGGAUUAUUCGAUUAUGUUUAAAUUUAUUGGGAUAUGCUACUGUGUUGUUGCCAGGUUGCCUUAUAUACAAAUAUAUACGUUAUACAAAGUAUACUCAAAGAAGUGGGAAAGGCUGCAUUCCCAGAUUGGUGCAGUCGUGUUUUGUGGGACAUUGUGAAACAGGUCUUCUAGACUCACCUCCAUAUACCCCUAAUGCUUCCGCUCAUACCCAACGCACUUUUGCUCAAGAUGCUUUGAUGCUGAUGUAUUGUUUCUUCGGUCUGCAAAUCAGUUAUUUAACAUGGGGUUACUUACAGGAAAAGAUAGUGACACAGGAAUAUGAAGAUGCUUCUGGGAAUAAAGCGCGGUUUCAAGACUCGCAAUUUCUGGUGUUUAUAAAUCGUAUUCUUGCAUUCCUGAUGUCAGGAUUUUAUCUACUUAUUCGACGUCAACCACAACAAAAGGCGCCAUUAUACAAGUAUUCGUUUUGUUCUCUGUCAAAUAUCAUGAGUAGUUGGUGUCAAUACGAAGCUUUGAAAUAUGUCAGUUUUCCAUCACAGGUUCUGGCUAAAGCUUCAAAAAUUAUCCCAGUUAUGAUAAUGGGAAAAAUAGUUUCGCAUACAAAAUACGAAUAUUAUGAAUACGUUACCGCAAUUCUCAUUUCUAUUGGGAUGACUCUUUUCAUGUUGGAUGGUUCUGACCAUAAAAAUGAUGGAGCUACGACACUUUCCGGUGUUAUUUUAUUGGGUGGUUACUUAUUGUUGGAUAGUUUUACGAGUACCUGGCAAAAUGCACUUUUUGUAGAAUACGGUGUCACAAGUAUACAAAUGAUGUGUGCAAUUAAUAUGUUUUCCUGUUUACUGACUGCAAUGUCUCUGUUUCAACAAUCGAGUUUUCCGCUAAUAUUUUCGUUUAUGACGACGUAUCCUAGGUUUAUAAUUGAUUGCUUGCUGAUUUCAAUCUGCUCAGCAACUGGCCAAUUGUAUAUCUUUUAUACUAUUUCAAAAUUUGGACCAGUCACAUUCGUUAUUAUAAUGACCAUUCGUCAGGGUUUGGCGAUAUUAUUAUCAUGCUUGAUCUAUCACCAUAAAAUCACCGUUAUUGGUGUAUUUGGCAUACUUUUGGUAUUUGGUUCAGUAUUUUUACGAAUUUAUUGCAAUACUCGAUUACGCGCGAUUAGGAGACGCAGAGCUGCGGCGAAUAGUAUAAAACAUUAAAAGUUGUACUAUUUAGGCAGAUUGUAAUUGUCAUAGAUGUAGAGUUCUAUCAACUGUUCCCAUUGUAAUUGCUAUAUACUAGGAUAGAAUUCUCUUCUUUUAGAUUUGGGUUCAACAUAGACGCUAAAUUAAAAUUCUAUCCUGUAUUUGUAAUUAACUAUCUGACACGGUUCUCACUAACAUGAUAUUCCGUGAAUACCCGAUAGUUACGAUAGAUUUUUAUCGUAUAAACUUUGAGAAAUAUUUAUUAUAAGGUUUGUAGUUAAUGUACGUCAUGUGUGUAACAUAUAUUUAGAAAGAUAAGUACUUGAAGAUGUGUGAUUUGAAAGAAACGUCGGCAUUAUACCAUUCAUUAUAUGGCGAGUGCAUGUAUCAUUGUAUUAUUUAUUUAAAAAAUAUUUAUUUUGAUAUAAAUGCAUAUACAAACAAA